AGUGGUAAAAUACUUAUUUCCUGGGCCAGGUCACAGGCUCACACCUUAUUCAAGUUUAACUUUGCAGAGAAAGGAUAUGGUCAGUUUAGGAAUCAAAAUGGUUCCAGGUUGGCCUUCCUGUGUUGAUCUAUGUAUGUGCAGUUAUGAACAUGACCAUAUAUCUAAGACCAUAAAAUUCCUAUCACAGUCUUACUUUUGGGAAAACAGGGUUAUCUAAGACCUCAGAAUUCCUCUCACCCCGGCGGCGGGUGUUUAGGCCGGACAGGAGGCCGCCGCCCCGCCGCCCAGGGGCGGGCAGAAGAGCCGAGCGCGGGGCCGAGGGGACCCGCCGGCGCCUGAGGCCUCCUCUCAGGGAAGGGCCAUGGCUUUCGUGAGGCGGCCCCUCAUGGCGGCGGCCCUGUUCUUGCUGGCGCUCUUCGCCUCAGCGCGCGGGGCCGAGAGAGGCGCCGUCGUGGGCUGCGCCUCCUCAGGGCUGUGGGAGUCGGAGGCCUCUGAGGCCUGCCCGGCGGAGCUCUCCCCUCCCGAAGCGGCCUCCUUCCUCCCUCAGCCGGCGGCGGGCUUGGUGGUGGCGUCGGUGGCGGCGGCGUCGCCGUCCUUCCGCGGCCCGGGCAACUCGGACCCGCGUCCCAACCGGGAGCUGCCCAUCCUGCUGUGGUGGAGCGGCGGCCUCUUCCCGCACUUCCCGGGCUCGACGGCGCGGCUGGAGUGCGGCGGCGGCGGCGGCUCGUGCCUGGCCACCAAGGAGCGGCGGGCUCGGCUCCGGCGCCGGACGCGGGCGCUGCUCUUCUACGGGACGGACUUCCGCGCCUACGAGGCGCCGCUGCCUCGCCCGCCGCACCAGGCCUGGGCGCUGCUCCACGAGGAGUCGCCCAUGAACAACUACCUGCUCUCGCACGCCGCCGGCGCCCGGCUCUUCAACUACACCGCCACCUUCCGCCGAGAGUCCGGCUACCCGCUCAGCCUCCAGUGGCUGCCCGGCCUCGACUACCUGCGCCGCCCGCCCGCCCUCGGCCUGGCCGAGAAAGAGAGCGCCCGGCGCCGCGAAGGCCUGGCCGCCGUCCUCUACAUCCAGUCCCACUGCGACGUCCCCUCCGACCGGGACAGGUACGUCCGGGAGCUGGCCAAGCACCUCCAGGUGGACUCUUACGGGGCAUGCCUGAACAACCGAGAGCUUCCCAGCGCGAGGCUGAAGGACACUUCUACAGCCACCACAGAGGACUCCGAAUUCAUGGCUCUUAUAUCCAAGUACAAGUUCCACCUGGCGAUGGAGAAUGCCAUCUGCCGCGACUACAUGACGGAGAAGCUUUGGCGGCCGAUGCACGUCGGAGCCGUUCCUAUAUAUCGAGGCUCGCCAUCGGUACGUGACUGGAUGCCGGACAAUCAUUCCAUCAUCCUCAUUGAUGACUUUGAGAGCCCCAAAGAGCUAGCAGAAUACAUUAAUUUUCUGGACAGGAAUCCGGAGAAAUAUUUGGAAUACCUGAAGUACAAGAGUCCCGGCGGCAUUACGAACCGGUUCUUGGUGGAGAGCAUGGAGAAGCGGGAAUGGGGAGUGAAUGACAUGACCCUGCCUAAUUAUUUGAACGGGUUCGAGUGCUAUGUCUGUGACAAGGUAAAUGCCAGAAUGAAGGCGGAGGAGGAGCACAGGAAGUCUCGUGGGAAAGUGCCACCCCCUGAGCCUGAAAUCGCCCAGUUCUCACACAUGGGGUGCCCGCCACCAGCACCCGGGUAUGGGAAUAUCGAAGACAUUCCUGAUGGAGACAGCUGGAAGGAGAUGUGGCUGCAGGAUUACUGGCAGAGCCUUGAUCAGGCUGAAGCCCUCACAGCCAUGAUUCACCACAACGAGUCGCAUCAGGGCAGAUUCUGGGACUACAUGCACCAAGUCUUCAUGAAGAGAACCCAGCAAAACUAACCGGACUUGUUAUUCAAGCUUCUUCAGUGUUACGAGAGGCAAGCAGGGCAUCCACAGAUUUACCAGCACCAAAAUUGCUGUUCCAGGACGACUUGGAAAUCAUCUUUUAUAUAUGGUAUUCUCGCUUUGGAGAUUACUUUUUUUUUAAAUUUCUUGCUUCCAAGAAAAGGCCAAUUCCGAACCAGCUUUUGGUAUUGGUUCAUGUGCCACUGCUCCAAGACGAGGAAGCCUCCCUGAUCUGUGGGGCUAAGGAAAGGAUUCAGCAUUUCUACUGCUUCAGCGAUUCUCAGAAAGUACUUUUUGGUGUGUAUGUGCCAAAUUCCUUAACACGGACUGUUGGGCUUACUGUAAAAGUCCUGAAUGGUUGCACUUCAGGGAUUACCUCCAUUCAUAAGUAUUCUUCAACAUACAUUGGUUUCUUUAUUAUUUUUGAUAUAUUUCAUUUAAUAUGAAAGAGAGCAGAACAAGAGUUUACAUGAGCUCAGCUAUGCAGUAUUCAAAUAACCACUUCUCUAUGGGCUGAAAUAUGUUAUGAACUAUGCACCUUAUUAUAGUGCAUUUCCUCAAUUUGUAGAGACUACACAGUUGCUCACUGUUCCCCCGGUGAUGUGACGGGUGCAAGCCAGCAGUAAAUCACAGUGAGCAAGUAGGAGUUAACUCUUUAUUAGCAAAAGCAGGAUCUGGGAGUGUCAGGCCUAGUGAGCAAAGCAACCUAUCUUCGGUAGAUCUCGCCCCAUGGAUCAGUUGCUGAAACUGAAAGUCCCCGCGUUCUCACAGCUGCCUCAGUGUUAGAAACAGAGAUAUGAAAGCUGGGAGCUAAAUGACACCCUAAACCUAGGUUAUGGGUGCCACAACGGGAAUGCUAUUUUUAUAACAAGACUACAAAGCUGUAAAUGAAUGAAUUGCAGCUAAAAUCUUACGUUCGUUUUUCACAUGGUCUAGUCCUCAUCUGAAGAUGGCAAA